UCAAACAAGAGCUAAUGAGGAAUACUCUCAUGUGAUUCUAUUUCUUUCAGUUUGACUAUUUUGCUAAACGAACUCUGUCUAUUUUCCACUUCAAAUCUCUCAGGAAGUCAAGUUUUGCAACAUAGAACUCUUCAAGAUCCAGACACAAACAGCAUGUCAGGCACAGUUGCAGUGUUCACAUUAGAGCCCGUCAUGGCAAGCUUCACCCCCGUCUUCUUUAUCAGUAACAAAGUUAAUUUGUUCUUUAUUUUACUUUCAGCGAAACCACCUCGUCAAUUUUCCUGCCAAAUAAGACUGGACAAUGAAUUUAAUCCUUCCUACAAUGAAAUCUCGUCACCGGAAUCUCUUGCCCUCAUUUCAGAGCUAAACAGAGUCUUUGUACCCUUCUUCCAGAAGAGAUUUCAAAACUUUCUUGAAAUCAUUUUCAAACGAUUUUUCCAAGGAAGUAUUGGAAUGGAUUUUGAUAUUUUAUUUCGACCAACGUCGAAUGUCUCAAACACAAGUAUCGUUGAAGCCUUUGUAGAGGGCAAUAGAACGAAAGAGCUGGCAUCUUUAACCAUACUAGGAGGCAUUACUGUAACAGAACAACUUCCCGCUACACAGUCUACAGUUCAAAGCCCAUCUGCAGUACCAGCAGAGUCAGACAAACUCGAGACAUGGAUCAUCGUUUUGAUUGUGACUGGAAUAGUAAUCCUUGCGCUACUUGUGAUCAUCGCUGUUUUGACAGUAGCGUACAGACGUGAAGCCGAUAGAGGCAAACAGGACAUGUUACCUACUGAUAGCUUCUCGGAAUUAAGGAGAUUGGAGCACGACACCAUGCCAGCUCACGCUGGACAUGUUAACGGUCACGCGGCCCUCAACGGAAAUGGAACACCGAUAACCACAAAUGCUUUGCCGUGGUACAAGAAUGAAACAUACGGACAUGUUCUCAACGAGGCUUACUUGGAUGACGGCGUAUCGUAUGACAGCGCAUUGUAAUUAAUUAUUAUUGCAUAUAUUACCGUUGAAUUGCAAGGACACCGCAAAGCAAUGCAACGCAAUUCUACUGGACGUUUCAUCCAGUAACGUCCGCUUUAGCUGUUUGUGUACUCUUUUACAUGAAUGCUUUGUAAAAAGUAUUAAAGCCAACUAUUUAUUCAA